AUGUCAGAAGCACAUUUUGCCAAUUUGACAAAGUUGAAAUAUUUGAGCUUGGCAUUAAACUCCUUGGCUCUAAAGUUUGAGCGUAAUUGGCUUCCUCCUUUUCAUCUUGAGUACAUUGUUAUGGGCUCUUGCAUCUUGGGUCCCGAUUUUCCAGGAUGGCUUCAGAAGCAGGAAAAUAUGACAUUCCUUAUGAUGGCAAAUGUUAGUAUCGUCGAUGAUAUGCCAGACUGGUUUUGGAGCUUGAUUUCUGGAGCACAUUAUGUGGAUAUCUCUAGCAACCAAAUCAGUGGCAGACUACCUAAUUUAGUGCAUUUAAACCAGGUAAGUAAACUUGAUAUAAGUUCUAACAACUUCAGUGGCCUUCUUCCAUAUUUUCCUCAAGGUUUGUAUGUACUAGACGUCCACGACAAUUCAUUCUCAGGGCCAAUUCUCCCUGAAAUCAUCAUGGGUAUGCCAAAUCUCAUUUUCUUAUCGCUCUCCAAAAAUAAUUUAAAUGGUACUAUUCCCUCGUCUUUGUGCCACCUUCAAGGGAUGACCACCCUUGAUCUUUCAGAUAAUCUCUUGUCAGGAAAAUUGCCUGAUUGUUGGAAUAGCUCUUCAGAACUUAAUGUGUUAGAUUUUUCAAUAAACAAUAUUUCGGGAGGAAUUCCUAAAUCAAUAUGUUCACCUCCAUCACUUUAUUCAUUGAAUCUGAACAAUAACAAUCUAUCUGGAGAGUUACCUCUGUCUUUAAAAUAUUGUCAACAACUAGUCAUUCUUGAUGUGGAAUAUAAUGAGCUCAGAGGUGAAAUACCAAGAUGGAUGGGAGGAAGUCUUGCCUUCCUUAUGACUCUCAAAUUGAGAUCCAAUAAAUUGGUUGGAAAUAUUCCUCCCAAUCUUUCAUUACUAAGAUAUCUCCAAGUCCUUGACCUUGCAGAAAAUGAGUUCUCAGGCACCAUUCCGCGAAGCUUUGGAAACUUCAAUGGCAUGAAAGUCGUUAGAAAUACAACUGAAUUGCCCACGGAUUUAUUUGCAAGUACUUAUACGCAGAUUAUGCCAUUUUCAACUAAAGGGAAUAUUCGAGAGUACGAAGAUCUAUCUUCGCUGAAUAUAAUUGAUCUUUCAAAUAAUAACCUGAUUGGUAGAAUUCCUACUGAACUAAUGAACCUAUCAAAAUUGUUCAGUUUGGAUUUAUCUGGAAAUCAUUUAACAGGAGAAAUUCCAGAAAACAUUAGUGCAUUACAACAAUUGGAGUCUCUAGACUUGUCCAGAAAUAAUUUAUCUGGAGGAAUUCCUUCUAGUAUGGCCAAUAUGUCAUCCUUGGAGUUUUUAAAUUCGUCCUAUAACAAUUUAUCAGGCAGAAUUCCAAUCGGUGGUCAACUUCUAACAUUCAGUGAUCCAUUAGUCUACAUUGGAAAUCUUUAUCUAUGUGGGUUCCCUGUAAAUCGAAGUUGCAAGGACAGUGAGACAACACAAACUCCAAAUCGCAUAGACGACAAGAAUGAAAAUGAAAUGAUAUGGCUAUACACAAGUUUUGCUCUCGGAUUUCUUACAGGAUUUUGGAUAAUUUGGGGGACAUUGCUACUGAAGAAAAAUUGGAAGAUUUGCUAUUUCAGAUUUAUCGACAACACAUAUGACAAAGUUUACGUGUGGAUUAUGCUGAAGCUACCUAGAAUGUAG